AGUAAUUAAGAUCGAACGUAUACAUCAAAUAACCAAGCUGAUCACACCUUAGCUAAUACUCCUAAGCUCCUAGCUUUCUCUCAAUACACCUAUGCUAUAUAUUUGAUCGACGAAGAGGUAGCUCUAGCUGUGCCUAGCUCGCAUGGACGCGGAGGUCGGCGACGGCGUGCCGUCGUCCUCGCCGGCGUCGACGACGGAGGUCGCCGUGAAGGCGGUGCCAUGGUGGCGGCGGCUGCCUUUGUUGAGCGGCUGUGGCACGGGGAGGAAGGCCGUGAGGGCGGCGAGCGUGGCGGCGGCCGUGCUGAUCGCCGCCGUCGUGCUCUCCUACUACGCCCGGGGCGACUACGACGAGAUGCCGUCCUCUUUAUUCACCACUACUACUGCCACACGAGUUCCUAGGGUUUCGAGAAGCUCCCAGUUAAUUACCUUCGCAGGUCUAAGCCUGCAAAAGAACCUUCGAUUAAGCUGUUUGUGGUCGUCUCGUCGUCUUCGCUUCGCGUUCUCCAUGCAUGGUUGUGAUGAUGAUGUAGAUGUGUAUGUGUGAGCGCUGGCAGCGAUCCACGGCCUCAUCGGUUCGUGCGCUGGUGUUGGUAGCGUAGCCUUCGCAUCGGCUUCGCCCGUCCUCCGUCGUUUUGCCUCGUCGGUCUUGAACAACAUGUCGAUGUAGAUUGUUGGUGAAAACAUGCAUGGAGUUGCGUAACUUGAACGACUUGACGUUACAACAGUUGCGUCGAGAUUAGAUCAGAGGAGAAUCAGGAACUGUUGGAGAUGAUCAGCGCAUGUAAUAGCUGGAUUUAAUCACAUCUAGCACCCCGUUGAGAAGGACAAGAAUGAACAUGACUUGUUGCAUGGCACUAUAGCACUUUGAUGAUGUGUCGUCUUCCGAUUGGUUGGCCAUGUUGCCACAAUAAUAAUUAACUUAAUCAA